CACCGUUCAGUUAGUCAGAAUAAGUUUCUCUUAGUUAAUAAUUCUGGAUUAACGUGUAAAUAUUAAUAUUAUUGUGACUAUGGAUUAUAAUCUAUAUUACGGUGUAAAAUCUAAUCGCUUAUUGAUAGUUUCUAACCGAGCUCCAGAAUUCACGACGGCGGUGAAAAAUACUUUGCCUGGUGUUUUUGUAGUAAGGUAUAAUUAUGAUACAUCAUCACUGGACGACAUAAUCUCGAAAAUAGAUGACAAAAUGCAGCAUCGAAAAGUGAAAAGUAUUGCUAUUCUUGUCCAUUCAGAUGAAACACAAUUUUAUAUUUGUUCUACAAACGAAAAAGUUCUAAAUGGAGAUAGUUUAAUUGACGAUCCAGAUAUAAAUUAUUUUCUCAAAUCAUUGUCGGAUUAUUGUCAUCGAGGAUCAUCGAGAAUAGAUUUUUUUAAUAGUCGUUUGGCUUCGAAUUGUGUAAAAUACCAAUUGUGUUUAGCUCUGCGACAAUUGACUCAGUGUGACGUAGGCAUAUGGCCGGAUCUAAUGGGAGAAGAAUAUAAUGGUGAAUUAUAUUUUAAUCCAUCCGAUAUACGACCUACCAAGACUGCUUUAGAUGGUUAUCAACGAAUUCGAACUGUUGGGAAAGGAGCGUUUGGGGUGGCGACUUUAUACCGAAACACAAAUAAAAAUAAUUUAGUGGUGAUUAAACAGAUCAACAUGUUAGAUAUGACUGCACAAGAGAGACAGCUUGCUUUGAACGAAGCGAAAGUCUUAUCGUUACUUAAUCAUCCAAAUAUAAUAAGCUAUUAUGGGAGUUUUGAAAUGGACGGUGUUCUUAUGAUUGAAAUGGAAUAUGCAGAUGGUGGUACUUUAGCAGAGUAUUUAAUUGGUCGUAAUUCUAAUUUAAUGCCAGAAAGACAAAUUUUAGAAAUGUUUUUACAAAUGUCUAAAGCAAUUCAAUGUAUUCAUCAACGUAAUAUUUUACAUAGGGAUUUAAAGACAACAAAUGUUUUUUUGACAAAAAAUCGUAAAGUAAAGUUAGGUGAUUUUGGUAUUUCAAAAAUAAUGACUACAAAGUUGCAAGCGUUAACAGUAGUUGGAACACCAUAUUACAUAAGUCCAGAAAUGUGCGAAGGUAAACAAUAUAAUCAAAAAUCAGAUAUUUGGGCAUUGGGUUGUAUAUUAUACGAAAUGACAAGUCUUCAGCGUACUUUUGAUGCUUCCAAUCUACCUGCACUAAUUCAUUUUAUAACAAAAGAAAAUUUUGCGCCAAUACCAUUAUGUUAUUCAUUAAAUUUAAAAAAAUUAGUGAACGAUUUACUACAAAAAGAUCCAUUCCGAAGACCCGAUGCUAAUUAUUUAGUUGAAACAGUACCAGAUUUCAUUGAUUUUAUAACAGAUUCCAAUUGGAUCCAAGAAAGUAGUGAACUUGAAUCGAGUAACGAUGAUUUACUAAACAGAUCGGUAGUAUAUCAAUUUUCAUCUCCAACAAAUUUAACGCCGGUUCAAUUACCGUUUAGAGUCCAAAUCGUACAGCUUGCAGUGAGUCAAACACAUUUCGUUGCUCUUACGAGUGAUUACUCAAUUUUCACUUGGGGUGAAGACAAACAUGGACAGUUAGGCCAUGGCGAAGAAACUCCAUGGAAAAACGAUCCACAAUGCGUCAUAUCAUUGUUGGAUAAGCACAUUACCCAAGUUGGAGCAGGGCAACACUUUAGUGUUUUUGUUAGUAGCACAGGUCUCGUGAUGACCACAGGUGACGGUAAAUAUGGUGCUCUCGGACAUGGCGAUUGGAAUAGCAUUUCCAGACCAAAACUUAUAGACUUUUUAUUGAAAGUAGACGUGGUGAAAAUUUCUUGCGGCAACUAUCACCUAGCGGUAUUGACAAAUGAAGAUCAACUUUACACUUGGGGUCGUGGAAAUCAUGGGCAAUUAGGAUUGGGAAAUUUACAAGACUGCUGUUUUCCGAUUUUGGUCAAUUGGCCCUUCAAUGAGAAAAUCGCAUCAAUCCAAUGCGGUCCCGAUUGUACGGCUGUAAUUACAGAUAAUCAAAACGUGUAUGCGUGUGGAUUGAAUAAAUGCAAUAAACUUGGUUUGAACCGACCAUCUUUAUUUAAACUUAAAUUUAAAGAAGUUCCGUUUGAAAGUUUAUUUACUAAAAUAAAAUUCUUAGAAGGAUUACAAGUAACUUAUAUAUGUUUUGGUGAGUGUCACAGUGCCGCUAUUACUGCACAAGGUCACGCGGUCAUUUGGGGAAGUAACAUUUAUUCCCAACGAGGGAAAUUACAUGUGUCUCAAAAUAAGCCAAAUUUACUCCAGUUGCCUGGUUACAGUAAAGCACAAAUUAUUGACUGUGGACCAACGUAUACAUUAAUUGGUACAGAUGAUAAUGCUGUAGUGUUUUGUGGUACACGUUUUUCAAUGGACACAAAAGCUCUCACACAAAUGACUUCAAUGUUUACAUCAGAAGUCAUUGCUAGGCCAAAAGUGAUACUUGGAUUAUAUGCCACUGAUGAGCAAAUUGAUAAGGGCCAGUUAUUGGUACUUAAUUCACUUCAAGCAGUUGGUCAUAAUUUAAUGAUAACUAUUGAUACAUUUUUGAGGGUUAAUAGUUAAAUUUGUAAUUAAA